CGCUGUCAGGGCGUCAGCGCCGGCGGCUCCGCGCGGCCGGCCCCGAGCGCGUCCCUUAUCGCAGACAGGCACCGGGGAUCGCAUCAUUAUCAUGGGCACUGUUUGCUUUUCGCGGCGCUGCUGUUUGCUUUUCGCUCUCGCCUGGGCCGGCAGGUUGGCGGGAGGCAGCGGGGGCGCAGAUGUUGACGAGUGCGCAGAAGCUACGGAUGACUGUCACAUCGACGCAAUUUGUCAAAACACGCCAAAAUCCUACAAAUGCAUCUGCAAGCCGGGCUACAAAGGGGAAGGGAAGCAGUGUGAAGAUAUCGACGAGUGUGAAAAUGACUUCUACAAUGGGGGUUGUGUCCACGAGUGUAUCAACAUUCCAGGCAACUACAGGUGCACGUGCUAUGAUGGAUUCAUGUUAGCCCACGAUGGCCACAACUGUCUUGAUGUUGAUGAGUGUCUGGAUAACAAUGGAGGGUGCCAGCAGAUUUGUGUGAAUACUAUGGGCAGCUACGAAUGUCAGUGCAAGGAGGGCUUUUUUCUGAGUGAUAACCAGCACACCUGCAUUCAUCGCUCCAUUGAGGGUAUGAACUGUAUGAAUAAAGAUCAUGGGUGUGCACACAUCUGCCGGGAGACACCCAAAGGUGGGGUUGCCUGUGAAUGUAGACCUGGCUUUGAACUUGCGAAAAACCAGAAGGACUGCAAAUUAACCUGUAACUAUGGGAAUGGAGGCUGCCAGCACACCUGUGAUGACACAGAUACUGGCCCUGUGUGUGGCUGUCAUCAGAAGUAUGCCCUGCACUCAGAUGGCCGAACCUGCAUUGAGAAGGAUGAGGCUGCAAUUGAGAGUUCUGAGUACAAUGCCACGUCAGUAGCUGAUGUGGACAAGCGGGUGAAACGGCGGCUACUUAUGGAAACAUGUGCUGUCAAUAACGGAGGCUGUGAUCGGACUUGCAAGGAUACCGCGACAGGGGUGCGCUGCAGUUGCCCAGUUGGAUUUACCCUGCAGCCUGAUGGGAAAACGUGCAAAGAUAUUGAUGAGUGUUUGGUAAACAAUGGUGGCUGUGACCAUUUCUGCCGAAACACGGUUGGCAGCUUUGAGUGCAGCUGCCAGAAAGGCUAUAAACUGCUCACAGAUGAAAGGACCUGCCAAGAUAUAGAUGAGUGCUCCUUUGAACGGACCUGUGACCACACCUGUAUCAACUACCCUGGAAGCUUUGAGUGUCUCUGCCACAAAGGUUACACCUUGUAUGGACUGACACACUGUGGAGAUAUUGAUGAAUGCAGCAUCAGCAAUGGUAGCUGUGACUUUGGGUGCCUUAAUACCCUGGGGAGCUAUGAGUGUGUCUGCCCACCUGGAAAGAAACUGCACUGGAAUAAAAAGGACUGUGUUGAGAUGGUGAAAUGUCUCCCAAAUGCCAAACCAGCUCCCAAGGCUCAGCUAGUAUGCAGUAAGACAGGAGGCAUAGAGAGCUGCUUCCUGUCUUGCCCAUCCAAUACCCUUUUUGUUCCAGACUCGGAGAACAGCUACACGCUGAGCUGCGGCGUCCCCGUGCAGCACGGCAAGGCACAGCCCCGGCGCAACUCCACCCUGCCCAGCUGCUCAGACUCCCUAGCCCCUCCAAUCAAGCAGAAAGCUCGUUUUAAAAUCAAAGAUGCAAAAUGCCAUUUACGGCCUCGCAGUAAAGAAAAAACCAAAGAUUCUGGGAAGCAGGCUGUUUCAGGAGGACAGUUCCCAUGCACAGACAACUGCCAGGUGACCUUUGUGAACCUCAAGUGCGAUUCCUCCAAGAAAAAACGCCGAGGCCGCAAGUCGCCAUCAAAAGAAGUGUCCCAUAUCACUGCAGAGUUUGAAGUGGAGAUGAAGUCUGAAGAAGUCUCAGACACCUGUAACAUUGACUGUGUUCGGAAAAGGAUGGAGCAGAAGCUGCAAACUGCAAUCAAAACAUUGAGGAAAUCUAUUAAUAAACAGCAAUUUUACAUUCAGUUUUCUGGGACAGAAUAUGAAGUGGCUCAGAAGCCAGCUAAAGCUACUGAAGGGCAUGAAGCGUGCAGUACAGGGCAAGUACUGCAGGAUGGAAAGUGUGUUACCUGCAGCACGGGCACCUUCUAUAGCGGAGAACACAAGCAGUGCGUCCCGUGCUCGCCAGGAACCUACCAGGACACAGAAGGCCAGCUCACCUGUGAGCCUUGCCCCAGCAACGAUGGCCAGGGAGUGGCGGGCGCCCGCAACGUCUCGGAAUGUGGAGGGCAGUGUUCUCCUGGGCACUACUCUUCAGAUGGUUUUAAACCUUGUACAGUCUGUCCUCUUGGUACGUAUCAGCCUGAACCAGGAAGGACCCUCUGCUUUCCCUGUGGCGGUGGGCUUGUGACCAAAUACGAAGGUGCUGUUUCCUUUCAAGACUGUGAAACCAAAGUUCACUGUUCUCCUGGACACUACUACAACUCCACAACACACAGAUGUAUCCGGUGCCCUGUGGGAACAUACCAGCCUGAGUUUGGUCAGAACUACUGCAUCACCUGCCCUGGCAACACCAGUACAGAUUUUGAUGGCUCCACCAAUGUCACACAUUGCAAAAACCAGCACUGUGGAGGAGAACUGGGGGACUACACUGGCUACAUUGAAUCACCCAACUAUCCUGGAGACUACCCAGCUAAUGUGGAAUGCAUUUGGAAUAUAAAUCCACCCCCAAAGAGAAGAAUACUCAUCGUAGUACCUGAGAUAUUUCUCCCAAUUGAAGAUGAAUGUGGCGAUGUUUUAGUAAUGAGAAAAAGUGCUUCUCCUACUUCAAUUACUACGUAUGAAACAUGUCAGACCUAUGAGAGACCUAUUGCAUUUACCUCAAGAUCAAGAAAACUCUGGAUUCAGUUCAAGUCAAAUGAAGGAAACAGUGGCAAAGGAUUUCAGGUUCCCUAUGUGACUUAUGAUGAGGAUUACCAACAACUAAUAGAAGACAUUGUUCGAGAUGGCCGAUUAUAUGCAUCAGAAAACCAUCAAGAAAUCUUAAAGGACAAGAAACUGAUUAAAGCUCUCUUUGAUGUACUGGCACAUCCUCAAAACUAUUUCAAGUACACAGCACAAGAGUCAAAGGAAAUGUUUCCAAGAUCAUUUAUAAAGCUACUACGAUCGAAAGUUUCCAGGUUUCUACGACCAUACAAAUAGUCUAGUGGUAUUCAAUUUUUGGUUACUUUGCAUUCCUGUCAAAUAUUAUUUUUCCUCCGUAGUAGAAACAUUUGCUAAUUUGAAAGCUCUUUUUUGCAGACUUUGUUCACAGUUGUUAAUGAAGAACACCUAUAAUGUUUUAUAAUUGUUAAAAGUCAAUGUUCUGAAUGGGAUUCUUACUGAAAAAAAAAAAAAAAGCAUCCCUGAGUACGUCUAGUUGGAGAUCCAAAUUUGUGUCUGCACUAGUGUAUCCUCACUUUUCAUCUGAAAUCUCACUAUGUAAAAAUAUUCUUUCUAGCUUUUUAUUUUUCAUCAACAAUAACUUUUGUCAAAAAAGGAGGAAUUUAUUCAAAUAUGAUUAAACUACCUGCAGAUAAGUUCUGUUAUAGAAAAAAGUAUGUAGUAUAAAUAAUACUUGGAUUUUGAAUUGCACUUGAAGUUUAUAUUUGAAUCUUUAGAAGAAAAUGAAACAAUCUAAAUUUUGUUAUUUUUCAUUUGUGGCUUGGUGGAACCUCUGUCCAAGUAGAAAUCAAAAAGGAAAAAAAGAAGAAAAAAAUGUAUAAUUUUGUUCUAUGAAUUACAUGAGAUUGAAUCCCAUGCCCUAAUGUCCUAAUGUUUUUGUCUGUCCUCUUCUAAAUUUCUUCAGACAUUUGCCACUGUCAAUUACUUAAUUGAAACAGAUUAGCUCUGGAUUUCCAUUCAUCAGUCAGUCCCUUUAAAGACAUUUACAAUAGGAUAUGUGAGAAAUGAACAACAACAUUAGUAGUCUUGGUUUUCUUUCCAUUAAGAGAGCAUCUAAUUAAGUACAAUAUAUAAAUAUAUAAAUAUAUACUUCUAUUUGUGGGUACAUUAGUAAUGUUAUCUCUAGUUACUGUAAAUAUUAUUCAUGCUUAAAUCUUUACUCCCACACACCCUAUUUACUCAUAUCUAUAUGUAACUUUGUGUAGACAAUUAAAUAACUUCUCCAAGUGCUUGUCACUUCUAUUAGCACCCAACAGAAGCCUUUUGAGGUUUUAAAAUACUGGAUAAUGGUUUACUCUGGGACAAUCUCUUUUAAUAUGUAUUAUUUCAGGAAAAAUAGCAUCAGUGGAGAUGCAGCUGCUGCCCAGUAUAGGGUCAGCUGUUGCCUCUCCCUUGGGAACCCCCCACAUGCAGACCAACAGAGUCACCCUCAGGACAGCACAGUGGGAGCAGCUGCUGCUGGACCUGCUCUCUGACACUCUGGGAACACAGCUGUGUCCAAGGCCCAGAUUGUCAGGGGCUCGGGGGUGAACAGGACACGGUUUUGCAGGAGUUGGAGGGCAGGCUCUGUGUUUGCAGAGACCUGGCUCUCCCUUUUAUCCCAGAUUUGUAGCCACUGUGCCCAUCAAGCACAGGGACUGCAGGAGAACUUUAGCCGUGUGCUCAGGCCCUGCUCACAGAGUGACAGAGGGUUUGCCAUGAUGGUAAAUUCUGGGUUUCCUGCUGUUUCCUGGCACAGAAGCUAAAUCAAAUGGGAGAGGAGCCUUUAUUUUCUAUUAGUAUUUCAGCCUCUUUCCUUUUCAGUCCCUUCCUCUUCUGCAUCAUUUUCCCUUUUGACUCUACAAGUUUAUUAAAUGGAGAAAUGAACUCUCCUGGCAGCAUCCUUUCAGAAGAAGACUAACACACAGUUUUGCUUUGCUGCUUUUUUUUUGGUUUUUUGCCUGUCUGCCCUGUAGUUUAACACAUGUUUGGAUGCUCUCAAAGACAUGUGUUAGGGGUGGUUGUGGCUAUCUUCUGACACUUUCUUUUUGUCCUUGAGCAAGUACUGCCUAAACUUACACAGUUGGUUUCUGUUGACUACAAGCGGUUGAAUAUUCCAUUUCUAUGAGAACACACCUUAAGUAUUCUGUUUAGUUUUUCUACUUAAUCAUCUUGUAAUUUUGCUUGCCUUCUUUCCUUUUCUGAUGAAGAAUAGAAUUUUUUUCUUUUAAGCCUGAACAGCCUGACUUUAUAGUCUAACCAUUUUUUUUUCCACUCGUGGACCUUAGAUCUUUGGUGAGCUUUCUUUUUAAUAUAUACAUUUACCCUUGUUAAAAAAUGUCACUUCUCCAUAAAGGUCUUUUGUUAAAGGCUGUUAAACCUAACUUUUUCUUGAGGAUGUUAAAACUACUUUUAUUUAUGAUUCACCAAGGGUCACUAAAAAGAACAAAUUUUCAUUAAUUUUUUCUUUGACAGUACUCAUUUGUACAAAAAAAAAGUUUUUAAAAAGCAAAAUUUUUUCAGGUACUCAAUUAUGCAGGAGUAUAUAGCUAAAAAACUACUUUAGCCAAACAGUAGUUCGAAGUCUGAUAGGUUAUUCAGAGUUUUAUUCAGAUCCAUUAAAAUGAGUCAGGAUUGCAGCUAUUCUAAUGAAAGAUAUGAAGGAAAAUAUAUGGAAAAUAUGGUGAAAAAUAGCUUCCUCACUUGGCAAAUGAUUUACAGUGAUCUUUAGUAUUUCACAUUUGAGCAAGCAAACUUCAGAAUCUGUUAUUGUACACUGAGUUUAGUAAAAUCCUUGCUAAAAUUUUUGUUUAACAACCAACAUGUUUGGACAUAAUACCAUUGUAUGACAGUGAUGCCAGAAUCCAGAAACCACUGGCAGCACCGUAAUAUUUUCCAGGUUCCAAGCUCCAUGGGAAACCCAGUGCCAGAGAGAAACCAUAAGAGGGACAUGUCCCAAUUCUGGCCACUGGUAGUGGGACCUCAGUAGAGCUGUGAGAAGUGAAUACAGGCAAGAGAAAUUGCAUUUGGCUCUGGCACCACUUGCCCUGACUUAAAACCACACUACAAAAAAGCAGGGUUGUGUCCAGUUCAUCCUGACAGACAACCUGAGAAUGAGGCUGAUAUUCCCCAGAGCCACAUCAGGGCAGGAACUCCACAGCCAGGACAAGGCACUCGUGGACUUCUGGGGCAAACACAGGCUUUGUGUUGCUGAAGGAAGGUGCUGAAAGAAA